AUGAAGUCUUACGUUUCCACAAUUGUCGUGUUAAAAUAAUGCUGUUUGUAUCUCUUUAACCUGGAGAGAGAUCAAAUCUGAUGUCAUUCAUUCAGAAACGAACAGGAUCAGUCGACCACACCCCCCCGCGCGCGCGCGCGCGCUCACAGGUAAGCUGCACUGAGUUCAGGACAGGUAAGAGUUUCAGGGCAUAAAGUCAGACAGGAGUUAUGGCGGAGUCUCAGCUCGUGUGUAUGGAGGACGGGCUCAUGCCCGCCGAGGUGCCCGAAUCCAACCCGCAGUUCUACUACAGCGAGCGGCAGCGGGCGGCGAUCGAGAAGCUGCUGAGACACGGCGACGGAGCCUUUAAAACCCUCCUGAAGGAAGAGAAGAGCACAGACUUCCUGUCAGCGCGAGAACUCAAGACCAUCACUAGCACCUUCGUCAAAUGUCAUCACGCGGACGAAGAAGAGGAGAAUGAAGCCAAGCAGCGGGACUCGGAGUCUCUGCGCUCCACCUACUGGCCGCAGAUGUCGGACACGGAGGCGCCCGCGCUGGACAUCGGGUGGCCCUCAUCCGGGCUCUUUAAAGGAGUGACCCAGGUCACCGUACACACACACCCGCCGAAAGAGAACGGGCCGCACAUCAAAGAGGUCGUCCGGAAAUUAAUCCAGAAAUCCUAUAAGGUUGUCGCUAUAGUGAUGGACCUCCUGACUGACAUACAGAUUCUACAGGACCUGUUUGAGGCAUCCAAACGCGGUGUACCUGUCUACAUUGUGCUGGAUGUGCAGGGAGCUCCACACUUUCUCGACAUGUGUAACCGAAUGAAAGUUGGUGCCAAAGAACUGAAGAAUGUCAGAACUCGGACCGUGAUGGGUAUUGGUCUGAAUUUGUCCUUCGGUAAAAUCCCAGGCAAUGUUCACAGCAAGUACAUGCUGAUCGAUGGAGAUAAAGUCAUGUUUGGGACGUACAGUUUCUCCUGGAGUUGUUCUCGUAUGGAUAGAAACAUGAUCACUGUGAUGUCCGGGCAGGUGGUGGAUUUCUACGAUAAUGAUUUCCGUGAACUUUACGCCAUCUCAGACAAACUCGACCUCUUUAAAGAGUUUCACCUCGACAAACCUCAAACGGGGACGCUGGCACGAGCCGCGGUGGCCAAACGGCCCGUUACUGCCUACUCUCGCUUCCAGGUCAACCUCGGAGACACGGCACGCGGAGACGUACCGGCACACAAAUACCACAACCCCAAAUACCUGCUGGCGCUCGGACAGAUCCCGGGAUCCAGCACACCGCUACAGGAGUUCCUCAAUACCUUGGAGCUGCCCAAACCGGGUCAACAGGGCCCAGAAGAACAACUGGAAAACCCAACACCCGUUCCUGAAGCGGACGAGCCCGAACAACCCAAACAGACCAAUAAGAAGAAACGCUGGUGGCUGACUUUCAAAAAGAAGCAAAAGAUGAAAAAUGAAAGUGUUAUUGAAGAACUCAACACGGACGACACCACCAAACACACACACGUCACAGACGACACAACCAAACACACACACGCCACAGACGACACAACCAAACACUCACACGCCACAGACGACACAACCAAACACACACACGCCACAGAAGAACACACAAACACAAGCUCAAAGGCAAACAGAGAGACCAAUGACACGGUCAGAAAGAAGAGACGUUUCAACUUCUUGAAAAAAGCAAAAUAAGAUUGUGUUGAAGGACAUUCAUUCCUUUAUUGUGUGAAGCCGUGUGUCCUCUGGUCUGGAGAUGUUGUGUCACAGACUGAAGAGAUGGACGCUCACACCUCACAGUUCAGACCUCAGAAUAAAUCUGUAAAAUCAUUUGACGUUUUCUUUUAAUAAAAGAGCCCUGCUUCA